UGGGGGCGAGCAGACCCUGUGUGGGGCGGAGCCUGGUGGGGGAAAACCUGCUGCUCUAGAGGUGGGGAAGGAACCCACUGAACUGGCUCUUUUAAUUUCCCCAGUCUUCAGCGCAGUCCGUUUCGUGCAUAGCUCCUCCCCACAAAUCCAAGCUUGUAUUGCACAGAUUGUAAUGAGAGCUAAAUUACUGAGAAGGGGGUAUGACUCCUAGGAAUUGGGCAGUAGGCUUGCAUUGGGAAGUUCAUAGUUCAAGCUUGUCUAGACUGUGGCUGCUUUGCAGAAGGUGGCGUUUUGGUGCUCCCUCUUGCCUGUCUGGAGCAAGCGUGUAGAGAAGUAGUUCCCUAAGUGGGCGGAUCCGCCCUUUGCGGGGCUUUGGGCGUGGGGGGCGCUAAGAGGCAAGGGAGAUGCAGGGAAAGCUGCCAUCACUAGAUCAAGUCCAUCAAUUUCGUGGAAUUAAUAAAGUAGUUUUACUUGGGUAGUGAAUGUGCAAUUAAUUGUUACUGUUUUGAAUUCUGUUGUGUUAUCUAUCAUCUUCCAUAGUGGGCUGUGCAAACUGCUAUCCUAAACUGGUAUCUGAAGAAGUGUGUAUGCACACGAAAGCUCAUACCAAAAUAAAAACUUAGUUGGUCUUUAAGGUGCUACUGAAAUAAUUUUUUUAUUUUGCUAUCCUAAACAAAUACUUUCCAUAGGAUGGGGAGCACUGGGGACACAUUUAUGGAACCAAGGGGUGGUGGUUCAAAAAGGUUUGGGUACCCCUGUGGGGGGAAGAGACGAUUGGGAAUUACUAUGGAGCUUGAAUUUGGAACCGGUGUUAUAAUUUUUUUUCAUGCCAUGGCUCUACCUAGCCCUAGCCUUAAUGGUGAAGGGAGCUUGGAUUUGGCCCUAGGGUCUGAUCUCGAUGCCAGGGCUCUAUCCUCCCUCAAAUUGACACUGUCCCCGAGUAUGUGCAGAGUAUCUCAGUUAUGACCUCAAGUGCAACCGUCCCCUUAAUAAUGGGUAGAAAAAAUGUGGUUUUAGAAAUGUAUCUCCAGUACCAUUCAGAUGAUGUGGUCAAGCGUAAUCCUAUUGUAUUAAUUGGACUGAUCCACUAUGAUUCCCACCCAGAGGUCUUACACACUACAGAAGAAGAGGUUCUGCUUCCCUCCUCUUUCAAAGUGUUAUAUAAGAUACUCUUUAAAGGGUUGUUGUGAGGAUAAAUAGGGAGGAGGAGAACUUUGUAUGACACAUUGAGUUCCUUGGAGGGCAGGUGGGAUAUAAAUGUAAAGAAAGAAAGAAAACAAUCUGAACUUGCCGGUGUUGGAGCAUAGUCCACCCUCAGAUGGCAACAGUCUAGCAAUGACCCUAGACUCCAAUCGUCAACCUCGUUUGGUGUUCAAGGACCUCAUGAUAUGCCUGAUAAACCACCAAUUCUCAUCUAUAUCUAAAGUUUUCCAUUUAUAGCUGGAGUGCUAUUGCAAUUCAUGGCUUAUCCUGGAUUCUUCAAAUAUCGGAUUGAUAAUGAUGGACAAAGGUCCUUCGGUAUGGGUGAAAUGUUAGGGCUUUGAGAUGUAGCAGUUUAGUGUAGAUUUUAUUCCUGUGACGUGCUUUCUGUGCUAAGCAGAGAAGUGGUAGACCCAGUUUGACCAAUAUUGCAUAAUGAUAGAUCAAGUUAGCAUAGUGCUCCCUCCCCUCCUAAUUUUAUCUUCACAACAACCUUGUGAGUUCCACUAGGCUGAGGGGUAGCAACUGAUCUGUUUUUGCAAGAUGUCUUUUUAAAACAUUAGGAGAGAUAGCACAAUACUCUUGACUGCUGAUUUCCGGGCACAACUUUUGUGUCCAGAUUUUCACUUAUUGAAAUAUGGCAACCCUAUAUUAUUAAAUUGUUGUUACUGUUUUAUUGUGAACUACUGCCCUGGAAAUAUUAUAAAGGGACACCUAAUUAAUAAACACAAUUUUAGCUAUUCAUUAGAUGUGGUAUCUAAUGGAUGGGUAUCUGAUAAGUACUAUUGUCCCCAUUUUACAGAUGUUGAAGGGGAAAACUGACGCCAAGAGAAUAGUGUUUUGUCUAAGGCUGCCCGCAACCCAAUUCUAUUCAUGUUCACUUGACUGCAUUUUUUUUAUGGAUAGUAAUGGGAGCUACUGCCAAAAAAGCAUGCAUAGGAUUGCAGACCUAAGAAUGACUGGAAGUAGCAGGAAAAAGCACAGCAUGGAUGUAGAAAACCCCGUCAAGGAAACAGUCCUUAUUACAGGAGGAGGUGGUUAUUUUGGUUUCCGCCUAGGUGGUACCCUUUCCAAGAAGGGAGUAGAUGUCAUCCUCUUUGAUAUCACCGAGCCCAUCCAACCGAUGCCACAAGGAGUGAAAUUUGUGCAGGGUGAUGUUUGCGUGGUCUCCGAAGUGGAAAUGGCGCUCCGAGGCGUGACCUGCGUCUUCCAUAUUGCUUCCUAUGGGAUGUCUGGCCGGGAACAGCUGAACCGAAAACUUAUAGAAGACGUCAACCUCAAGGGGACAGAAAACAUAAUCGAAGCUUGCAGGAAAGUGGGCGUCUCAAGGCUGGUUUACACGAGCACCUACAAUGUGGUGUUUGGGGGCCAAGUGAUCGAAAACGGGGAUGAGUCUCUGCCUUAUCUCCCUCUUCAUCUCCACCCUGACCAUUACUCCAGGACCAAAGCCUUAGCUGAGAUGAAGGUUCUGGAAGCAAACGGAAGCUCCCUCGAGGGAGGGCGAGGGUUGCUGAGGACCUGUGCCUUGAGACCUGCCGCCAUCUAUGGGCCCGGAGAGCAGAGACAUCUGCCGAGGAUCGUUGGCUACCUCGAACAGGGCUGGUUUCAGUUCCUGUAUGGGGAUCCCGGAGUCCUAAUGGACUUUGUACAUGUGGACAACUUGGUGGAAGCUCACAUCUUAGCUUCCGAAGCUCUGGGAGAUAGUAAGGGUCACAGGUCAGCUGGUCAAGCUUACUUCAUUUCCGAUGGCAGGCCGAUCAACAACUUUGAUUUUUUCCGGCCUCUCAUAGAAGGCUUAGGCUACCCCUUUCCGACUUACCGCCUCCCUCUGUCUGUUGUUUACUUCUUCGCAUUUCUCACCGAGAUGGUGCAUUCCGUGGUCGGGCGCUUAUAUAACUUCCAGCCCUUCCUCACUCGCACAGAAGUUUACAAAACUGGCGUCUCUCAUUAUUUCAGCCUGGAAAAGGCCAAGAGGGAGCUGGGGUACGCGCCAUGUCCGCACAGCAUUGAAGAAUCAGUCGAGUGGUUUAAAUCUCAUGGCUAUGUCCAUAAGUCCAGGAGCUACACUGCAAAACAUUUAUUUAGGGACGUGGUACUUGUCCUCCUGUUUGCAGUGGUGAUCCUUUCCUGGUUCCCCAGAGUCGUCUGAUGGGAGAGACCAGGUACUAGCGAGGAGACAGGCUUCUUUGCACUUCUUUUAACACUGGUAAAAUAGGAACAUGUCGGGAAUCAACCCUUCUUUGCUAACCCGGAUGUAGGAACAUCUUAAGGCAGAUCCACGCCAUACAUUUAAAGCACAUGACCCUCCCCCCCCCCCAGCAAGAAUCAUGGGAACUGUAGUUUGCUAAGGGUGCUGAGUAUUUUAGUUCUGUGGAAGGGAGACUUCAGUUCCCAGGAUUCUUUGGGGUUGUUGCCCUCCACCCAGGCAAUCUAGAGGAAUUAUCAACGUGCAAAUAUGCAUUCCAGCCAAGCAAAACCACUUGUGGUGGAGGUAGAGCAGGCGCAGAAGUAUGGCCCCAGGAAAGUCCUGAGGGCCGAAUAGAGAGGUUUGGAGGGCCACGUUCAGACCCUGGGCCUGAGAUUCCCCACUCCUGGUACAGACAGUGCUGAGCUGGAUGGCCCAAUGAUCUGACCCCUGUUCCUACAUUAUGUUCUAUUACAGAAUUAUAGAGUUGGAAGGGACCUUAAGCCAUCCCUGGGUGCAAAAAAAGGAAAAAGAAGAAGCCUUUUUAGCAAUUGUAAUGGACUGUGCAGGACACACUGAUAUUUUAAUUUCUUUUUUUCUUAUUUUACCUGUCACAUUUAAUUGAAUUACAGUUUGAAUUCCAAACAAUGCAGCUUGUCUCAAAAUAAAAUGCAGUAUCAGAAAUAGACGAUAAACUACAAUUAAACAUCAGUAUGAAUGCGGUGGUUGUUCCCUCUCGCAGCCUUGGGUUGUAAAUUCGCAGACCACCUGAAUGAAGCUCGCCAUCCAUCCUUUGGGAACCCCUUUUUCUGUUGUGUCUGUAAUAUUUUGCCUCUUGGAGUACUGUACUUGUAAAAGGUGUUAUAUCUAAUAACUGCCGGAGCCUCACACUUGGCAAAACUUGAGGUUUACGGGUUUGUUGCUGAUGUUUAAUUAUAAACACACCUGCUUGCUGGCUGAUGCCCACAGGGGGUAUUCUAAUCGCUCUUCCAGCAAACUCACAGCUUCAAAGUUUCUUCCUAGCGCCCUUGUUGUAAGUACUUCUCCUUUUAUGCUUGUUUCAUGUUCCCUUGCUUGUAAUGUUCUUUCUGGAAACAGAAAAAUAAAUAAAUGAAAGCCUUAACUUAAACCGUGUAAGCCAAAAGGGACUUCGGUCGAACACGGAGAUGAAUGAUGUUGGAACUGCAGUUACGAGGCUGCUGUUUUCCGUCUUCUGCCCGUUACAGCGCUGAGCGGAAAUAUCAAGCAGACUUUAAAUUUAUAAUCUAGGGAGCUGCCAUUUUUACAUUUGGAGUGAGCCUCCAUAUUGAUAACGUUAAAUCCCAGGCUUGCAGCCUCUUAAAUUACUUCUGCAUUUUGGAAUCUGGAGCCAGCUGAAAACUCUGCUUGUUUCUCUCUAAACCCCCAAAGUUUUUAAUGGGGGAUUAUAUUUCAGAUUGGGAGGUAAAUGGGUAUUUAUUUUUUAAAAAAGCAAAUUGGUCGGCAAAGGCAAAUUGGUCGGUUGCACGCAUCCCCUUCGGCUUUUUAUAGGAUUAGCAUGUGGUGCAGUUUUUGGCAACAGUCCUAUUGAGGCAUUUGGCAAUGUGUGACUCUAAUGUGAUACAUUGGGGGGGGGGGAAAUCACGUGACCUACCCCACUGUCGGACCGCACACCAGUGCAUAAAUAUGACCCCACUUUCUUGCCUUAAGUUGCCUUACAUGGUUACAGUCAACGUGUUCCGAAAUGCCCAGUCAGGGCUCAUGUCGGGCAAAAGACCGUUCUCCACCUGAGGGCUGCCUUAGAUGCUUAUUGUAGUACAGUGAUUCCCCAACUGGGCGGUAUCCCCCCCCCCUGGAGGCAAUGGGGUUACCUAAACAAGUGGAUGUUGAAGGCAAAAUUGACUAUUGGACUUUGAAAAGCUGAUAUCACUGGAUUAAGUUAGUCAGUUUUAUUGAAUUAAUUAAACUUAAUCGUUUUAAUAAAUAAAUAAAUGUGCAAAUCAUUGUUUUUGUUUUGAAUUUUAUUGCGUCAUUAUCUUUAGUAGUGGUUUUUAUAGGGUCGGGGAGCACCGGGGAUGAGUUUAUGGAACCAAGGCUGCAGUAGCUCAAAAUGGUUUGGGAAUCAUUGUUGUAGCACUUUCAUUUUAGCCGGAUCACAGAUACCGGGCAAGUUUAAGCUGGUGCUCUUUUAGCCUUUGUCGUCUUUUUCUGUCUGAUCGGGCAUAGAUAAUGGCAGCAAUUAUUUGAACCAAAGCACUAUGUCAUAAUGUUUCUAAAAUUUAGCGUGCUAUUUAGUGCUAAAUAUAGAUUAUCUGAAGCACGGCU